AUGGACUCCCCUGAUGGAAAAGAGAAGGCGUCUGUCACAGACUUUCCAGCUCCCCUGUGUGACUCCAGUCCCCCAUCUGUGGAAACCCAUAGUGCGUUGAGAGCUCCAGAUCAGAGAAAAGUCCUGAGUUCACUGAAUUAUAACAGGAACCUGUUAAAAUAUUUGAACGAUGAUCGCCAGCGUCAAGCCUCUUUCUGCGAUCUUGUUAUUGUGGUGGAAGGGAAAGAGUUCCAAGUGCACAAAGUGGUGGUGGCUGUGGGCAGCAGUUACUUCCAUGCCCUUCUAACUAAGGACCCAAACAUGGACGUGGUGACUUUAGAACAUGUGACUAGCUCCAUCUUCCAACACUUGCUCAAUUUUUUGUACACAUCAGAGUUUUUGAUGCUGGAGACUGAAAUAGACCUGGUCUUGGAGGCCGCAAAGUUUUUGGACAUAAUCGAUGCGGUUAAGUUGCUGGCUGCUGAAAGUGAAGUUUCACCUCCUGCUGACAAUCAGCCGUCUCCAAAAGCAACUGAUGAGUCCGUGAGUAAACUUGAACACUGUCACAAAUGCCCCUUGUGCGAACGGAACUUUUGCUACAAAAAAACACUGGAAAACCAUAUGGACAAAGCCCACAAGUUGGAUCAAUCAGAUGUUCCCAAGGAUUCUGAUUCGUCCCCCAGGAAGUCAACACGUAAAAGGAAAAGUCCCGAAAAAUAUGACGAUGCGGAAGAUGUGGGGAGUGAGAGUGCAGGUUCAAGCAGUGAUUUGGGCAAAAGCAGUCAGGAUAGCACAGACUCAGAAGAUUCUGACAGUGAGAUGCAGGAAGAAGGCAAUGCAGUGGAGGACAAUGAGCAGUUUGUGGAAGAGGAGUAUGGGGAGGAGGUAUCAGGAGGUGAUGAGGGACAAAGCGUUGGGGAGCGAGAAGAAUCUGAACAAAAGAAUGAAAACUCUGUUACUUUUGGAAAUUUCCCUGAAGGUCUUGCACCAAUUGUGUUACAGAUUAACAACAAAAGGACUUUAAAAUGCCCAAAGUGUGAAAAGGUCUUCGAUCGAUUUGGUAAAUAUGAGAGCCAUACUCGAGUGCACACAGGAGAAAAGCCUUUUCAAUGUGACAUCUGCAAUUUGAGGUACUCCACCAAAUCCAACUUAACAGUUCACCGAAAGAGGCACAACAAUGAGACAGAAAUUCCCAGAAAGGAUCACAAGUGUCCAUUCUGCAGCAAGCUCCAUGCAAGCAGGAAGACCCUUGUGAAACAUGUCAAGAGGUUCCAUGCAGAAAAAGCACAAGAAUUUCUUGCAAUCAAGAGAUUAAAGAGUGAGGGUUGGAAGUGUGAUAUCUGUAAUAAAUCUUUCACAAGGCGGCCCCACUUAGAGGAACACAUGAUCCUUCAUUCACAAGACAAGCCAUUUAAGUGCACCUAUUGCGAUGAACACUUCAAAUCUCGCUUCAAAAGACUGAGGCAUCAGGAAAAAUAUCAUUUGGGUCCCUUUCCUUGUGACAUCUGUGGACGUCAGUUCAAUGACUCUGGAAACCUGAGGCGCCAUAUUGAAUAUACACAUUGCGGAAAGAGGAAGUAUAGCUGCUUUAUCUGUGGGAAGUCAGUAAGAGAAAGGACCACAUUAAAAGAACAUCUUAGGAUUCACAGUGGGGAAAAGCCACACCUCUGCAGUAUUUGUGGACAGAAUUUCCGCCAUGGUAGCUCAUACAGAUUACAUAUUCGUGUCCAUCAUGAUGACAAGCGUUAUGAGUGCGAAGACUGUGGGAAGACCUUUAUACGACAUGAUCAUCUCACUAAACACAAGAAGAUACAUUCUGGCGAGAAGGCCCAUCAGUGUGAAGAAUGUGGGAAAUGUUUUGGCCGCCGUGACCAUCUGACUGUGCAUUACAAGAGCGUUCAUUUAGGGGAGAAGAUUUGGCAGAAGUACAAGGCAACAAUUCAUCAGUGUGAAGUAUGCAAGAAGGUUUUUAAGGGGAAAUCAAGCCUUGAAAUGCACUUCAGAACACAUUCUGGUGAAAAGCCAUAUAAAUGUCAGAUCUGCAAUCAAGCUUUUCGUAUUAAAAAGACACUGACAAAACACAUGGUCAUACAUUCAGAUGCCCGUCCAUUCAACUGCCAGCUUUGCAGCGCAGCUUUUAAACGUAAGGACAAGCUCAAGUACCACAUUGACCAUGUUCAUAGUUUAAAGACAGAGGAGGAUGGUACAAAUGAAGAGGCCAAGUUCUACCAAGCUGCUUCACAGACCUCAGAGGCUGAUAUCUGUGUGCCUCUCACCCUGGUGCCCGUUGAGAUUGCAGAAAGUGAAGCUGAAUUAGAGACCCAUGCUGGCUCUUCUGUACUGCCACAGAAUGCAGAGUACCAGCGUCCUUCUGAAUUAGCUUUCUUGGAAAAGUACACUCUUACUCCACAGCCAGCAACCCUUUUGCAUCCAGUCAGACCUGGGCAAAUAAUUGAGACUCGAGAACACUCUUACUUGGGGACACUGCUUGGCCUGGAGUCGCAGCCUUCUGUGCAGGCUGUUUCCAGCAAUGACCACCAGUGAAUGACAUUCCGUAGACUUUAAUGUGUGGUGGAGUCUGCCUUGGAAGGGUAAUGGGCAGGCAUUACCCUUAGCAGUCAUUUGACAUUUUGUAGACUACUUACUCUGUUCCCUGCCACCCGCAUAAAUCACUGUGCUACAUUAGAC